AUGUCGACCCAUCGUGCCGAUGCUAGCACCUUUCUUGACAACCGCGGCUACUCCGGCCCCCUAGUCCGCGGUGUCAACCCAGCCACGCUCUUCGAAAAAGCCGUCCGCGAUCGCAUCACAGACUCCUACUACUGGAAAGAGCAAUGCUUCGGAUUAAACGCCGCGACUCUCUGCGACCGCGCCAUCGAACUGUCCUCUAUCGGCGGUACCUACGGUGUCUCCGAGAAACCGACGGCCUUUCUCUGCCUUGCGUUCAAGAUGCUCCAGUUAAACCCGACUCGCGAUAUCGUGCUUGAAUACUUGAAUUUCUCGGAUCCGGGGAGUGACGAUGAAGACCAGGAUAACGAGGUGCUUCAAAAUCGUGGCGACUUCAAGUACCUGCGCGCUCUGGCGGCAUUUUAUGUCCGGUUGACUUUCGAUGCGGUGGAUGUGUACAAGACGCUUGAGCCGCUGCUACUCGACUAUCGGAAAAUCAAGCGCCGUGUGCGGGAUUCGUUUGUGCUUACGUAUAUGGAUCAAUUCGUCGAUGACCUUCUUACGAAAGAACGGAUGUGUGGUACGAGUUUGUGGAAGUUGCCGUCGAGGCAGCAGUUGGAGGAUCUUGAAUUGUUGGAUGAAAGGGUUAGUCCACUGGCAGAUGAGUUGGAGGAAAUGGAUCAAGAUAGCGACGAUGGGGGGAUGAAGGAGAGUCGUUCCGGCUCUUCAGAUCAUACGGGAGAGGACUGA